GUUAGCUAAAUAUGGAUUGGAAUAUAAUUUGACGGGAAAGAACAAUUAAAAGUGAUGUCUAUUAAUUUAGAAAAAAAAUCGGAUGGCGAACAAUGCGAGCAGCAAAACGAUAAUGGUAAGUAAUAUAAUUAUUUUAAAACCCACAUUAUUAUAUAUGAUAGAAGUUCUUUAAAAGAGUUCGUAUCAAAAGAGCAGAUCCGUUUAUUUAUAGAUAAUGUUUCUAAUUUUAUAACUUAAGGUCAUGGAACCUCAGUUACUUCAAUAAAAUAGAUUCUCAUCGUUGAAGCAUAACACGCAAAUAUUCAUACUAAUAUAACAUAACUAUAACUAGGCCUCUAAAAUUGCGAUAAAAGUAUGUUAACAAGCGAUGCCCUUCUGACGCAAAUGAACGAGAUUUAGUGCGAUCGAAGCAUGAUACGCGAAGGAUAAUAGUCUUUCGAUACCCAAAAUAUUAAGCCCUCACACGAAAUCGUCGUCAGUUCGACUGUGGCCGCCGCGAGGCCAGGCUGCACGCCUGUUUGCAGUCACAACAACACGCCAGCCCGUAACCAUGGUAACCACAAGCUCGCCUAAAGAACACAUAAAAAUCUGAUGACUAAUUGCCAGUUCGCGCGCAAAGAACCGUGAAUGAAUCUCAAAGCCUCCGUAAAAUGUUAUGGUGGAAACAACUUGAAAGAGCACAGGACAACGCAAUGAUGAUCGAAAUGGAAGAGCAAAGGAAGCAAGAGUACAUAGACAAUACUACGGUGACAUUAGCACUCCCGAUCCCCAGUAGAGACCCCGUAUUGGAAGACAAUUUACUAAUUGCCAAUUUAGAGCAAGUUAAAUCGCUACAAGCAUCCCUCUUUCCUAUUUGCAACAAAGGAACGUUUAUAUCAAACUUUCUUCAAAACAACAUCAAAACCAAUCAAUUCGAAGUGAGUACUGACGCAAAGACGUUCCGGACUACGGCCAAGCUUAAGGAGCCUCGGGACUUGUUCGCACUGCCUAAGGAACUGGACUGUCCCCAGCAAGCACCUAGGUGGCCCUCGGAAUGCCAGGUAGUGGAGGAAAGAAUACAACACAUAUCAUGGAGUCCUGCGUGCCCAGAACCCUACUACAAUGCCACGGGGAAGGAACUGCGUCCGCAACCAGUCGGUGAAGAAGCUGGAACAGUCAUCUUCCAGUAUUACCCGAUGAGCGCCGUCAAUUAUUUUAGUAGAUCUACUGUGGGUGGUUCCCGACUGUUCAUAUCAGCUUGUGCCAGUGCCGGGGGUGAUGAUGAAUUACGAUUUGAAUCGCGAUUCGAAAGUGGGAACCUAGCUAAAGCAGUGAAAAUUACAUCUUCGUAUUACGAACUUCACCUCCGUACUGAUCUCUAUACGAAUAGGCAUAUGCAAUGGUUUUAUUUUAAAGUGACAAACACGAAAAAGCAAAUGAUGUACAGGUUUUCCAUAGUGAACUUGUCCAAGGCGGAAAGCUUAUACAACGAAGGCAUGCGACCUUUAUUAUACUCCACAAAAGACGCAAACCUACAUUCGAUUGGUUGGAGACGGUGCGGCGAUAACAUCGCGUAUUACAAGAAUGACCCUACAUGCGAAGAAGAGGAACAAUUCCCGAACUACACCUUAACGUUUAACAUAGAAUUUCCUCAUGGGGAUGACGCGGUGUACAUCGCGCACUGCUACCCAUAUACGUACUCCGAUCUACAGGAAUACUUAUCGAGAUUACAGUCACAUCCAGUCAAAUCUACUUUCUCUAAGCUGAGGCUACUUUGUCGAACUUUGGCUGGUAACAAUGUAUACUAUCUUACCAUAACUGCACCUCCAAACCCCAAUGAAAUAGAGCAAAAGAAAAAGAAGGCAGUUGUCAUAACAGGGAGAGUACAUCCCGGGGAAACUCCGUCAUCAUGGAUGAUGAAAGGUUUUAUAGAUUACUUAACCGGUGACUCAAACCAAGCACGCGAAUUGCGAGAAAAGUUUAUAUUCAAACUAGUGCCAAUGUUGAAUCCGGAUGGCGUAAUCGUGGGUAAUAAUCGCUGUUCAUUGACCGGAAAGGAUUUGAACAGGCAAUAUCGGACCGUUAUACGAGAAACAUAUCCACCUGUCUGGCAUACAAAAUUGAUGAUACGGAGAUUACAAGAGGAAUGUGGUGUAGCGAUGUACUUGGAUUUACAUGCGCAUUCUCGAAAACACAAUAUAUUUAUUUACGGCUGUGAAAGUAGAAGAAAUUCGGAUAGAAGGUUACAAGAACAAGUUUUUCCCUUGAUGUUACACAAAAACGCUGCUGACAAGUUCUCCUUUGAAAAUUGCAAAUUCAGAAUCCAACGAAGUAAAGAAGGAACUGGUAGAGUAGUUGUGUGGAUGCUCGGUGUAGCAAACAGUUACACGAUGGAAGCAUCAUUCGGGGGAUCGGAGCUAGGCAGCAGGAUGUCCACGCACUUCUCGGUUCAAGACUACGAGAGUUUGGGACGAACGUUUUGUGAAACUUUACUCGACUUUUACGACGAAAACCCGAGUAAAGAAAGGCUGAGGGCGAAAAUUGUAACAAGGCUGUUGAAAGAAGGUUCAAAUGCGGACGAACCAACCAAUAUUGAUUUGUCUGAUUACUCCAGUGACGAGGGAGACACAUCCAGUAGUAGUUCAGAAUCCGGUGCUCUACGCAGACCAAUAGAGGUACUGCAGCCCGCACCACCGUCCUCUCCCAUUUUGCCCAAUAUCCACAGAGAUAUUAGUGAUGUGAGUAUAGAGCUCAGAAUGCCAUCUUACUUGGACCUAGGAUCUUACGAAAUACAAAAUGAUCCUCCUUUGCAGCAACCGAGAAAACAAAGAAUUAAAUUGGAGAAAAUUAAUCGGAUCGAAAAGAAGAAAACUAAGCGAGAAACUUUGCAGAUUUCAAGAGCGACAAUUGAUUUGACAUCAGAUGCAAUGACGGACGGCUCCUCGGAUGCUGAAUCAUGUGAUGAAAAUCUCAGUCCAAUAAGAAGAGUUCAAAGACUUCUGCAUUCCACCAAAUCUAAACCUAGGAGAAAGAAGAAGAUGCCGCCAGAGCUGAAAAUUAUACCGGCACCGACAAGUGAUUCUCCAUAUCAAUCUGACAAGGAGAAGAAAACUCCUCUAGGUAGGCGACCACGCAGCGUAUCUAUGUUUAAUGAACCUACAGAGAAGCCAAGACUAAUCCCCUCCUCGUGGCACCAAUUUAGAUGCUUGCCUCCUCCAAAGUUUCUAUCAGACAGUAAGAACAGAAACUCGCAGCCCGCAGAACUACAGGUGAAACUGAAUGUGUUGAAGAGAAAUGUUUGGACCGGUGUUCCGGCUGAAGAAAAGGGGCCCCUGUCCUGGGGUAUCUCUAGUUUUGCCAUGAACUCUUACUUCACAGACAGUGAGGCUUUGUUACGGUCCUGUUCAAAAAAACUGGAAGAAAUUGAAGGAGAAAGAAAAAAGAGCAAAGACGACAAGAAAAAGAAAAAAACCAAGACCAAGAAGAUAUCUCUUAAAGUGCCAAAUGCUGGAGAUGAAGUGAUAGAGCCUUCUGGUAAAUCACCUAAAACUUGGAAGAAAAAGCCAAAGCUAAAACAUACUAAAUCAGAGGGAUCUCCAUACAUGAAUAAUCCGAGUUUUACUGAUAUACCGCGGAACACACAACCAACUUCACAAAAAUCAAACAAUCCUGACAAAAAAGCGACGUCUAGAUUUAGAAAAGGUGCCUUUGUGACAACAGCCAUCCAGAGCAAAAGGAAUAACAAAAUGAAUAGCUUGAUAUUGUCAGAUAACUCUGAUAGUGACGAUUCCACUCAAUCAACAAAGAAAGUAAAGAAAAAAACAAAGACAGCAAAACCUAGGUUACGUAAAGCUGCAACAGAGAUUAAGACUAGUAAAAACUGAAUUUUAUUACAUGCAUAUGUAUAAGUAUAAAUAAGUCCAAGCAACAUGUAUUAUGUAGAUGUUGAGUUAAAUAUUUAUAAAUUAAAUCAUAAAAAUACUUUAUUCUUAGGGCCGGUAAAGAUGGACUGCAACUCGACUGCAACUUAUAUGGGAACUGCACGUCGACGUUGCAGUUGGAGUGCAGUCGGCAUGCAGUUCCCAUACAAGUUGCAGUCCGUCUGUACCGGCCCUUAAAUGAGCUAAACUAUUGCCAUUUUUAUGGGCAUAAUCUAUCUUAUUGUUUUAUUUGUCCAUCCACUUAACAACUAGUAAAAGGAGAUAAAGUAGGGACCACUUAGUUGUGUUCAUAAUCAUAACUAAUAGAUAUUAGUUAUCUUAGUUUCUUACAAUAUAAAUAAAGUAUAAAAAAUGAGUAUACAAUACUUGAAAAAGAAAUUACAGUUUAUCAUUACAUAUUGAAAAAAAAAAUGUUAUGUGUAAUAAAUAUGUUUCUUCAAUUCUUUAGUGAGAAUGAUCAUGAUCAUGAAAUUCUUAUAGAUAAAAUUCAGAGUGUAUUUCUUACAAUCAUAGUCAUCAGGCAUCAGAUAGUCAACUAACAGGGCCAACCUAGCGCCUAUUAAGCUCUGGUUUCCUAGUAUAGCAGUGUAAAUGAUGAAUGAAUUAAACUAUUGUAGUAUGUAAUCAAUGUUUGUGAAUAUCAGAAAAUACCAUUGAGUAAAAUGUGACAUGACAAUUAUAUGGUGUAUAGAAACUAUAAGCUUUAUUAAAGCCGGAAAGGUACAUCAUAGCUGCUACAUGUAAAACACCCUAUCACCUGUACUAAAUGUAUUUUACACCUAUAAUAACGAAAUAUUAAAUUGACAUGUUAAAAAGAAAAAGUAAAAUAUUGUUUUAGAACUU